AUGGGAUGCAGUGCUUCUAAACAAUCUCAAGUCGAAGCGAAAGACGAUUUAAUUUCUGAUUGCUCAAUUUGUGAAGAGACAGAGAGUGAGGAAGAACAAGGAUCAAAUGAAGAAGAGUCUUAUCAUGAUGAUUUUCCAAAAUCAAUUGGAAAUUACAAUAUUAUUAAGCAAAUAGGUCAAGGUACAUACGCAAAAGUAUUUCUUCUCGAAUCACAAGAUACGAAACAAAAGUUUGCAGGCAAAAUUUACCAAAAAUCAAAAAUAACGAAGCGAGAAUUUGGUCGACCUAACAAAUUCAAGAUAUUACUAGACGAAAUAGAACUUAUGUCGAAAUUGGAUCAUCCUAAUAUCAUUAAAAAUUUAGAAUUUAUUGAAGAUGAUGAAAAAGAUGCAAUAUGUGUGAUAACACAAUAUGCAAGCAAAGGAUCACUUGCACCAUCAUCUCUAACAGUUCCAUCAAUCGAUGAAAAAACUGCAAAAAAUGUAUUUAAACAAAUCGGAGAAGCUUUAGAUUAUCUUCACUCAAAAAACAUCAUUCAUCGCGAUAUAAAGCCAGACAAUAUCCUUUUAUUUGAUGAUGGAAAGGCAAUGCUAUCUGAUUUUUCAGUUUCAAAGCAAUUAUCUUCACCAGAUGAAUUAUUAGAUGAUUCUGAAGGAACUCCUUUAUUCUGCUCACCAGAAGAACAAACAGGAGAUCCAUACGAUGGAAAAAUAGCAGAUGUUUGGUCAUAUGGCUUAUCUUUAUAUAUAAUGAUUUACGGGAAGAAUCCGUUCAUGACAAAAGCUACAGAAGGAACUUAUUUCGAACAAUGUGUGAAGAUAUCCAAGCUGAUUUCAGAGAAAGAAAUCGAAUAUGAUCCUGGAACUCCUAUUUCUCCAGAAUUACAAGAGGUUUUCAAAGCUUUACUCAAUAAAAAUCCAAAGGAAAGACCACCAAUUCAUCAAAUAUUGCAAAUGAAAUGGUUUGAAACCAAAUAA